AUGAGCGAAUUAAGCACAUCCCAGCUUCUUCUUACUCCAAACUCAUCAAUUAACAACAUCCUGAAUGACAGCCUAUUAAUUGAGAUUCUUCAAAGGCUCCCUUGCAACUCUGUCCUUCGAGCAAAAUCCGUCUGUAAACACUGGUUUUCUCUCCUCUCUGACCCUUACUUCCACCGGACCUUUGUCCGGUAUCACGAACAACAUGCAUUACCUUUCACCCUUGUAUACGAGUUUCAUUUCUGGCGUCGCUGUCUCAGCGACCAUCUCCAUCACAACUUCCAUACGGUUUCAGACCACAAAAAUUUCCAGUUGCGAGGGUUUCACCUAGGUUUCCUCCCUUGCUUUCAACCAUGGGAAUCACACCCCAUUUGGGUUGUGGCUUCCCACAAAGACCUCUUGGUUUGUUGUCACCUCAAAAUAUCCUUAUUACAAGGUGUAUACUACAUCUGCAACCCAUUAACCAAGCAGUGGCUCGACCUUCCACCUUCCCCGGGCCACCAUAGGGUAGCAGAUACUGCUGUCAGCUUCAUUACUUCUGAGAAAUCUGUUUCUCUAAACAGCUUCAAACUGGUGCAAAUCCCUAAACUAGACUCAUGUCAUAGUAAUAGUAACUGCUUUGAGGUAAACAUGUUUUGCUCCGAGGAGGGUGAGUGGAGAAAGUUUAAGAUAACUUCUCCGCGAAGUUUCACAAGGACUUGGCAGUUCAGGCCUGAGUCAAUAACCUUCAAGAACAAGUUUCAUUGGCUGGUGAACAGCUCGAAUGUUGUUGUUGUUGAUCCGUUUGAGAUAACUAGUGGAUUCUGCCAAGUUAUUGGUUUGCCAGCGGAUUUGAACCCUGACAUAGGAAUUUGCUUAGGAUCUUGUCAUGAUAAUCUUAGGGUGUGCCAAAUUUCAAGAGGGUGGUCAAAUUGUGAGCUGAUAGUUUGGAAACUUCUAGAUUAUGUUACUGGAAACUGGGACUUGGAAUGUAAGAUCAGUCUUAAAGAGAUGGCGUUUUUCGAGAAUGUACGUUUGCAUAAGUUUGGAUUUUCGACUAUGGAGGUGUUGGCUUUCCAUCCGGCUGAUUUCGGGGUUUUGUACUUGAGAUUUGAUAAUCAGAUAGUGUUGUGCAAUGUGAGAAGAAAAACACUGGAAGUGGUUAGUGAGUGUUUGCAAGACUCGAGUUUCUCUGUAGGAACAUGUGGUGUGUUUCUGCUUAUGCAUCCGUGUUGGCCGUCGAUGAUCCCUUCACUUCCCCUGUUAAAGGAAUGCUGA